CACGCAGUUGCUAAUGUUUAUAAGCAAAACUUACAUGUCAUCGUUUCCAAUUGUGACACAAACACAGCAAUAAAUAUUUACCAAAAGAACAAAUGUUGACCGGCAACAAAACAAAUACUGUUUGUUUUCCACGAAAUGUUAUUAAGAACAUUAAUUACUGAUAACUCAUUAUACCAGUGCCAACUGCGUACUAAAAACAGACGAAAACUCGGCUUACACUAACGAGCACAAAACCCGUCUCCUUCGCGCCACCGACGACGCUUAUAUGUUUGUACAGCCACUUUAAGCCAGCCGUGCCCGCGUUCAUUUAGACCUCUCGAGAGUCAAGGUGUCGCCUCGGAGUUUGAAUGCUGUCUCAUUAACAUGUCCGCAACACAUUUCUAUUUCUUUCACAACAUAUUCAUAAUUAGUAAAAACAAAUAGUUUUAAUCCAGGCGCCUGGUUCAAAAUAAAUUCACGUGUAUUUACAAACAACACGAGAAUUGUCAACCGUUAUAUGGCAGGUAUUAGAUGCAGUGAUAAAAAUCUGUGACGCGCUUUAUCGUCGCGACAUAACUCAAGCAAAUAUUGAAUCUGAUUCUAUAUUAUAUAUUACAAGUACCACAACAAAUAGUAAAGAUAAAACAAGUGCGAUUCAGGGGUAUCUUUAUUUAACAUAGUCUUCAUAUAGACAGCUGACACUAAAGUGAAAACAUUGGCAUGUAAAGAAAAAUCGCAAAAAUGGAUUCCUGCAAAAGUGAAAAUGAUCCAAAAAAUGAAAAGCAAGAAAGAAUUGACGAAUCCGAGAAUAAAGAAGAAGUAGAUGAGUCAUCUCCUUUAAAACCUAAUCCAGACGUAAUAGAUCCAAAAGAAAAGAAGGAAAUACCAAAAAAGUUAAGUUUUAGAGAAAGACUCAAAUUAAUAAAAGACAAUACAACAGUAGAACCAAUAAUGGCUUGUUACGUGAUGCCCAGUGUCCUGGCAUCGCUGGCCAUUCAGAAUUUGAAUCUAGAAAAAGCCUGCAGAGUUAACCUGAAUUACUCCGGAGAGGUUUGUGACGCAUUAAAUUUAAGAGAAACUGAGAAUUAUACGCUUGAGGAGGAAGAAGUUCAAAGACUGACUGCUGGCGUCCAAAUGUGGAAGAACAUUGUACAAACCGCGAUCCCAGUCCUACUGAUCCUAUUUGUGGGAGCUUGGAGUGACAAGACAGGGAAAAGAAAAGCGUGUAUCUUGCUCCCCAUUGUUGGGGAAUUUGUAGCUUGCCUUGGCUUCAUAGUCAAUACCUAUUUCUUCUACGAGUUGCCUGUUGAAGUUGCUGCGUUAACUGAAUCCAUAUUCCCUGCUAUCACGGGAGGGUGGUUCACGAAUUUCAUUGGUGUGUUUAGCUAUAUUGGUGAUAUUACUACCACCGAGAAUAGGACUUAUAGAGUAGGCUUGGUGAAUAUAUUCAUGUCGCUCGGCUAUCCUAUUGGGAGUGCUUUGAGCGGAGUGUUGCUCUCAUGGGUGGGGUAUUACGGAGUUUUUACAAUAUCGGCAAGUCUGUACAUGUUCAGUUUGGUGUAUGGUUACUACUAUUUAGAAGAGCCGAGGCAAAGAGCUGAGAAAAAAAUAGAAAACCAGAAAUACAAAAAGAAAGGAUUUCUCCGAGAAUUCUUCGACAUCGACCUGGUGCUGGAUACCUUCAGGGUGGCUUUCAGACAAGGGCCCGGAAACAGGCGACUUCGCGUCUGCCUACUGUUGAUUGUGGUGUGUGUCGUUUUUGGACCGAUGCAUGGUGAAUUCACAAUACUGUAUCUGUUCACAAGAUUCAGGUUCAAUUGGAAUGAAGUUCAGUUCAGUAUGUGGUCAACUUACUCGAUAGUAACCAACUUAAUGGGUACAUUUUUCUCAAUAACGCUGUUUAGUAACUACCUGAAGCUUGACGAUACUCUUCUUGGGAUCAUAUCGAACACCAGCAAGAUUGUUGCGGCCUUCGCUUAUGCCUUCGCGAGAAACGACUUUGAGAUUUAUCUAGCACCUCUUCUUGAAAUCUUGAAUGGUACAUCUUUCAUAGCGAUGAGAUCGAUUGCGACUAAACUGGUCAACGGAGAAGAAUUUGGUAAGGUUAACUCCUUGUUUGGACUGGCAGAAGCCACAAUGCCCUUAGUGUAUGGGCCUCUUUACACCCGCGUGUAUAUGGCAACACUGAACAUAUUGCCAGGAGCAGUCUUCCUUCUCGGGGCGAUUCUUACAUUGCCAUCUAUCAUUAUUUUUGGGUGGCUGUAUUUCGAGCACAAAAAAGAUAUAUUGAGGAACGAAGCCUCGAAAACAGACACAGAAAAGCAACAGGCUGAACAAUUAAAAUAAAACUUAAUGGAUUUAUAAAUAAACUGUUCAAGAUAUAUGUGUUGGCUUUCAUUCAAUUUAUGGGAGCAAGUACUGAAGGAUUGAUACAUCGCAGGCAGUUGCUCGGUUAUCAGGAGUAUACAAGUUGAAUAAUGUAAUGAAAAAUAUAUUUUAAUCGAAUA